AGUCAUGAUGCGGAUGCGAUGAAUGUUUAGAUGAGAAUGUGUGGAGUUUCCUGGUUCUUAGGGCUUUUUUUUUGAGAGAGGCUUUUUAGCAUUUUGAGACUUUUCUGGAUCAUAAAAUGACCCCAAAACACCCAGUUCUAAAUCUAACAACAAUCCAGACACUAAAGUGUAGUGGGGAAUUCAUAGAAAAUACUUCAUAAUGAUGUUUCAUUCUUUUUUCUGUACAUUAUUAACUCAUAAGUCUAUUCCAUAAUCUAUAAUAGGGUCAUAAGGUGUUGAAUUAGUCAUGUACAAACCCUAAAACUCCAUAUAACAAAAAGCCACUAAACAGAAACGUAUUAAAUAAAAUGACCACUGAAUCAGUCUCAAUCAUUAACCUGCCAUACUGGAAAAGUGGCAGAAGAAGAAUUCGAUUCUUGUAUCUAGUCGGAGAUCGUUCAUUUCAAGUCACCAAACCGAGUACAAACGAGGAGCCAGCGAUCCCUCUCUUUCUAGGAGCGGAUCUCUUUUUAAACACAGAUGUCCGCACCGAGAACCAUCCCAGAUACCACGCCAAGUUUGCGAAACGAGGAGUAGCUACCAAACUGGCCUUCUCUUCAGACUUCAAGUUCCAAGGCAUACGAGUUCCUUGCACUCAUAACAGUUUGUGGUUCUACUGUGUUCAUGGGGUUUUUCGAGUAGCCUUCGAGCUUUACAGCAAACAAGAGCAGCUGUCAGUCUUGGAGUCAUUUCAGGAUCUGUGGAAAUCUCAGAUCAAUGAUGAUCAACUGAACUCGUUGUACAACAUUAGAAUCCAGUCAGACACGAAAUCCAUUUAUCCAGAGCUCCCAAUGGAAGUUCAUGAAGUACCUAGUGACGUUUCUCCAACUAAUAAGGAUCCAGUGGAAGGCUUGGAGGAAGUGACUCCUCGCUUGGAGGAAGUGUCGUCGUCUGGUCAAGAAGAGAAUUUGUCUUCUGCAGACCAUGAUUACUGCUCCGUAACCGAAACGCUGGAGUUGAAACCCUUCAGUGCGUUAACAGAGAGACUUUUUAACAUCGGCGACAAGCUAAAAUGCGUGUCAAGCGUGGACGAAAGCCAAGAAGAGGCCAUUUUGAAACUUCUGGAUUAUGUCGAACAUUGGGUCGACAGACAGGUGGAUGAGGAGAAACUAGCCGAAGCAGUGAUGGUCUUGCUCCAAACUCAUUUCAAGGACUUUUCGAUCUAUUCCAGUCCUUUACUACAGGCUGUGGCUGGCUGGCUUGGUCACCAGUUUCAUGAAGCCAACAGCAGCGUGAGCCACCAGGUGGAAGGAUUCAAGAUGAGGAACAUUGAACACAUCAAAGAUCUACCUCCGGCCGAAGAUCUAGCAACCGAGCUCUUCCCGGAGGCCAUGAGGAGCCUGCUGAUACACUGGAUGGGCCUCAGCGAUGAGUCUGCGACCUGGAAACGGCUGAGCGAGUAUCCCAUCGUUCUGCUCAUUCUGGAGUUUGCCAACCAUAACCUUAUCACUGGGGUGGCUCAUGUCUUAUACUCCAGUCUCAUAAGCAGGUAGAGACAGAGGAAGUGCAGCUUUUGGUGUUCUAAAUUCCUUUUUAGACAAUUUCCUCAGGUCAGCUUGGCGAAACAUAAGGACACCAUUUUAAAGCUCUUUCUCCGGGAAUGAAAUCACACCCAAGACUUACAUGGACACUUAAAGUACGUGUGAAGGCCAUGACGACUAAGGAACAUUCUGGAAAGACAUGGAGGCAGUCCCAAGUAAACGGGGGCAUGAGGUAUACAAGGUGGAACAGCAUGGUGGUACCCCUUACACAUCAAUACAAUGCUCCCAGCAUUCCUGCCACUUCUGGAACGUGUCCUGGAAGUCUUCUUUUUUUGAAGCGCAUCAGGCAUCAUCUGCGAAUCCCAUUAGAUCUCUGCAGCGGUGUCAAAACACCAAGCUGGAUAUUUAUCUUCGGGAAGAGGGAGAAGUCUGCAGGAGCUAAAUCUGGAAGUGUGAUCAUGUGGAUUGGUUCCAACGAUCAUCAUGCACAAGUUGCUGAACGGUUUCUACGUUUCCAAGGGUUGAGCUCGUCGAAGGUCUUCUGAUGUUCUUCCGCUCCUAAAGCCUUUGAAAACACCUCAAACGACUCGCUGCAGCAUUAGCGCUUCAAAUAGGGAACAUUUAUAUAAUCAUAAUCCUGUUAUAUUAAUUAAAAAAGUGAUAUCAUGACUGUGAUGGCAAAUCAACAGCUCACCUCACAGACAUGGUCACAGGACCAAAAAAAAUGGCUAAAUUUUUUUGAACCGUUUUGGGGCAAGAAACAGCAAAAGAAAAACAGCAAAGUCAAAGAAAGAUUGGUUUCUGUCUGUCAGAAGAGAAAAAAAGUCACGGCAUGGUUGUGAAAACAUGGGCCGUUGAGGGGGGGCAACAUGGGGUCCCACACUUACAGUGAAAACCAAGUGGGUGAGAAUGAUUUCAUGAUGUUUGUUGGGGUGUGUGUGUGGAUGCAUGAAAUAAUUAUGAGAAACAAAACAAAAAAACUGACAUUUAAUUGCAAUUCUAGAUUUUUCCCCCCGAAUGUAUACUUAAUGUUUAUAUGUAUAUUUGUUACACUUUUACGCUUCAGUUAUUGAUGCAAAUAUUUUGUCACUAUCAUUUGAAAAUAAACCUUUAUUAUUAUUA